GGUAUUCAGGAUUGUGAAAAAAAAGAUAACACAUUGUACGACUGAUAUUUACCAAAAUUUCAGUGAGUGGUUUCAAGCCUGACUUCUCGAUGGAGAUGUGAAGAUGAUAUAAAAAAUAAAAGCAGGUUCUGAACAACGUUCAUCGGUACUCAUAAUAACUGACUAGAUUACAGAAUUGAUAUGUUAAUCAGUGAUUACAGUAAUUACAACAGAAACAUGCCUACAAUUAUCGAUUGUUAAUAUCGAUCUUUUAAAUUUAUUUUAAUGAAAACUUGCAGCUAGCAGAUUAUAUCAGUCUAGUAUUGGUUGCGAUGUUAGCAAUCGCGGGGAUUGUACUUUUAGCUGUCUGUAUGUUUGCUUUCCCUGAAAAUUCAUCCAGAUCCGGAGAUGGCAAGACUCUACAGCUAAUCCAUAUUGUAAUGCGUCAUGGUGCCAGAACCCCAGCCAGUACUUACCCUAAUGAUCCCUACGAAAACGAAACAUUUUACCCUGUUGGAUGGGGCCAGCUCACCAAUGAAGGAAAACUUCAACUCUACGAAAUCGGCCAGUUUCUCCGCAAUCGCUACGGCAAAUUUUUGGGAACCCUCUAUUCACCGCACAUGUACUACACACAAUCUACAGGGGUGGACAGAACUAAGGCCAGCAUGCAAAUGGUGAACGCAGGAUUAUGGCCGCCUGUGGGCGAUCAACGAUGGGGCCCGUUGGCAUGGCAACCAGUGCCCGUAAAUGCGGAGCCUUUGGAACAAGAUUCAUUACUUCUAGUGAGGAAACCAUGCCCGCAGUACCACAUAGAAAAGCUAAAGGUGAUGGAGUCAGAAGAAAUAAAGAAUAAGAUGAAAAAAUACGAAACACUGUUCGAGGAACUCACGGAAAUCACUGGCAUGAAUAUAAGCAAUUUUGAAGACGUCCAAGAUGUUUACACCACGCUUAUAGCAGAGAAAGGCUUCAACCUUACUUUACCCGAGUGGACCAAAAAUUACUACCCCGAUCAAUUAUACCAACCAACUUUGGAAAGCUACAUCCUGAACACGUACAGUGAUAAAAUGAACAGACUGAGGGGAGGUGUGUUUGUAAAGAAGCUGUUGUCCGAUUGGGAAUCCAAAGCAACCGAUACUCUGGAAAUAAAAGACAUGAGGGCGUAUUUAUACGGCGGGCAUGAUUCUACUAUUGUCAAUAUAAUGAGAGCCUUGAAAAUAUGGGAUAUUCAAUUUCCUGGUUACGGAAUCACUAUAUUGUUCGAACUAUCGAAGGAUAAACACUCUGGCGAAUAUGGAAUAGAGGUAUAUCUAAGAAAUUCCACGAAACUGCCACCAUUCAAACUAACAAUUCCUGGGUGUUCCAGCUUCUGUCCACUAAGCAAGGUGAAAUAUCUGACUCAGGAAAUAAUUCCAGUCGACUGGGAUGAGGAGUGCAAGACUGACAAUCCAGAUUUUGUUGUACCAACACCUGGAGGUCCUUAAAUAUGGCUAAGAACUUGACGCUUGACGAAGACCGGAGAGUGACAUACCACGACAUACCUAACACCUUCAUGCAUCAGCAGUUUAUUAUUCAAUUCUAAGAACCGGAGAGCAAGCGGAAACUACCAUAACACAGUGGGAUGCCUAGCCAGCCUAGAGUACCAUUUUUACUAAAAAAGCACCACAUUCAUUUAUAGUCAAGAACAAUACUAUGCUGGAAAAUAUAAUAUAAUCGUGUUUAAUGUGUCAUUUGAAACUUAUCUUGCUGCUAAAAUAAACCACAUGAGGGGCGCAAAAUUCUCAAUCAAGGGCGAAUCCAGGGGGAACGUGACCCCGCCUUAUUUUCACGAGUUUAAUCCAGGACUUCAUUUUGAGCAUCCACUACGGACCACCAUGUAUUUAGUUUAAAUAUCGUUUCUUUUAAAAAGGAUGCAAUAAGUCUAAAUAAUAUAACGCCUCUCAACUUAAAAAAAAAAAAAAUGUCUAAAGCAGUAACUUUUUGAAUUCGAACCUUGAUACUAUUAAAAUCUCAAACCAAUUCCAUUCACCGACUUAUCAUCAUCAUUUCACAUCGUAUCAGAUAAAAAAUACUUAUAUUUUUACAUCUAACGAAUAAAUUAAUAAAGGGUUAUCUACAAACGGCUAGGAAAUACUUUUUGAAAAAUCUACUACCAACCUCGCCACCGAAAAAAGUCACUAACAGUCCG